AUGCAAACACACCUGCCAUUGCAAGGGGGCGGACUCAAAGAAGGUGUGUUGUCAUUUGCUUUAAUACAGGCCUCACACACUCACAGGAGAGUCACAGCGGGAAAGAACGGUCCAGUGGUGAGUGUCUUUGACUUUCCCAAAGAUGAGAAACUGGUGAGUAAAAGAAAAAGGAAUCUAAAGACAGCCAUGACGUGGAGGAGCCCUCUGGCCCUUGUGAGGGAUGCUCUGCGAGGUCAGAGGGCACGGGAGAAGGAACUCCGCAACUUGGUGUCCAAUCUGCCUUACGAGGGACUUGAGAAGAGGAAGCAGCCCAAUCGUUUCUUUCCUUCAAAUGCCAUCAAAACAACCAAGUACACGCCUCUGUUCUUCAUUCCCAUGAACCUUUUUGAACAGUUUCACCGACUGGCCAACAUCUACUUUGUGGGCCUGGCGAUUCUGAACUUCAUCCCUGUGGUGAACGCCUUCCAGCCCGAAGUGGCUCUGAUCCCAAUCUGCGUCAUCUUGUUUCUCACGGCCCUAAAGGAUGCCUGGGAAGACUUCAGGAGGUACCAGUCAGACAGGAAGCUCAACAAUACCCCAUGUUACAUCUACAGCAGGAAGGAGAAGCAGUUUUUGGAGAGACGUUGGAAGGAUGUGCGGGUGGGAGAUUUUGUGAGGGUUGUAUGCAAUGAGAUCGUCCCCGCAGACCUCCUUCUCCUCCACACAGCAGACCCCAAGGGAGUGUGCCACAUAGAAACGUCCAACCUGGAUGGAGAGACCAACCUGAAGCAGAGGAGGGUUGUGUCUGGACUCUGCAUAUCGAUACCAGACUUUGAACCUGAGAGCUUCAACAGCAUUGUGGUGUGUGAAAAGCCCAACAACAAUCUGAAUCAUUUUAAGUGUUAUGUAGAGAAACCUGAUAAGGAAAAGGUGGGCGCUGGGAUUGAGAGUCUGCUGCUGCGUGGCUGCACAGUGAGAAACACAGACCAUGCCGUCGGCUUUGUGGUGUAUGCAGGCCAUGAAACCAAGUCCAUGCUCAACAACGGCGGGCCGAGAUACAAACGCAGCAAACUAGAGCGGAAGCUAAACAUUGACGUCUUCUUCUGCGUCAUUCUCCUCUUCACCAUGUGCUUCAUCGGAGCACUAGGUCACUUUGUCUGGCUGCUGGCUCGGCCCGGUGUGCCCCCUUACCUGGUCCCCGACACCAACGGUCACUUGGACAGUCCCAGUCUGGCCAGUUUCUACAUGUUCUUCACUAUGAUCAUCCUGCUGCAGAUCCUCAUUCCCAUCUCUCUCUACGUUUCCAUCGAACUGGUCAAGAUUGGCCAGAUAUUCUUUAUCACGAAUGACAGUGACCUCUAUGACGAGGAGACAGACAGUCGAAUGCAGUGUAAGGCUCUGAACAUCACAGAGGACCUGGGACAGAUAGAAUACAUCUUCUCAGAUAAGACCGGCACCCUCACUGAGAAUAAGAUGGUGUUUCGCCGAUGCUCCAUCAUGGGUGCAGAGUAUCCACACAAAGAGAACGCCAUUCGUCUAGCUGUCCUUGAUGAGCCAGAGUCAGAGGAGGAGGUCAUCUUCGACCAAAGUCCCAGACCCCGACAGAUGAGCUGGUCUCUCGAUGCUGAGGACGCCAAUCCAGUAGGCAAGCCACCUCGGGGCAGCCAACGUAGGAGCAGUGUGGCCGUACAUACCCAGACUGAUGUGGCCUUCAGCAGUCCACUGGAAACCGAGGUGAUUCCAGACAAGAGGCUGCUUCAGCAGAUUAGCCGGGCAGAGAGCUGCAGCAGUCGAAAGACAGAUCCUUACUUGGAUUUCUUUCUGGCUCUUGCAAUUUGCAACACAGUGGUGGUUUCCAUGGCAACAGCUCAGAGAAGAAGGACGAGUGUGUCGCCCCGUUCCUCACAGAUAAGUGGCUCUGUGGACACUCUGUCCAAUCUGGUGAAAAAAGCUGGCAACCUCCUCAGUUCCUGCCAGCUCACGUCCAAGAGGAACCGUAGCCUCUCAGAGGAGGCAGUUAUACAAUGUGUCAAAAUGGAGAAAACUGUUGACACCAAUAGACACCAGACGUGUUCGCUCCAUCCUCCAUCCCAGGGCGCCAGGCCUUCAGCAGCCUCGGAUGAUCUGUGCUAUGAAGCAGAGAGUCCAGACGAGGCCGCCUUGGUGCACGCAGCCAGGGCAUAUGGCUUCACCCUGUUAGCUCGCAGCCCUGACAGUGUGACAGUGAGGCUCCCGUCCGGGGAGGACUUGGAAUUUGAGUUGCUGGACACCUUGACCUUUGACUCCAACAGGAAGAGAAUGUCCGUCUUAGUGCGACAUCCAAUCACCAGGGAGCUCGUUCUGUACACUAAGGGCGCGGACUAUGCCAUCAUGGAGCUACUUGGAACUCCAUAUGCAGAACACCUGAGAGGCGGGCAGAAGAACAUAGCAGCUGAUACUCAGUAUCAUCUCGACUGUUAUGCUAAAGAUGGCCUCCGAACACUGUGCAUCUCAAAGAAGGUUGUGACUGACAAAGUGUAUGAAAGCUGGUUAGUGGACAGAAAGAAAGCACUGGCCGCCAUCGACAACAGAGAGGAGCUCCUCAUGAACACUGCCGUGCAGCUGGAGACAAACCUCACUCUGCUUGGGGCAACGGGGAUUGAGGACCGUCUCCAGGAGAGCGUCCCGGACACCAUCGUGGCACUGCGGGAGGCAGGGAUUCACGUGUGGGUGCUGACAGGUGACAAGCCAGAGACAGCUGUCAACAUUGGCUAUGCCUGCAGGCUGCUGGAGGAGGAGGACCUGGUGAUUAACAUGAGCUCCAAAAACAAGGUCACAUGCACAUCCAUCCUGGACUGCACUCUGGAAGAAGUGAGGAGGCACAUGGCCGAUCCUCGCAAUGUGGACACCACCCCAAACAUUUCUCUGGUGAUCGACGGAGAGACACUGACCAUGGCUCUGUCGCCAGACCUCCAGAACCGGUUUGUGGACCUGGCAAAACGCUGCCGCUCUGUGCUCUGCUGUCGAGUCACUCCCUUACAGAAGAGCAGCGUGGUGAAAGUGGUCAGGGAGAAACUUAAAGUCAUGACACUUGCUGUUGGUGAUGGUGCAAAUGAUGUCAACAUGAUCCAAGCAGCUGAUGUUGGCAUUGGGAUAUCCGGCCAGGAGGGGAUGCAGGCAGUCAUGGCGAGCGAUUUUGCAUUAUCUCGCUUCAAACACCUGAAAAAACUCCUUCUGGUCCAUGGACACUGGUGCUACACUCGACUGGCCAACAUGAUCAUUUAUUUCUUCUAUAAGAAUGUGGCCUACGUGAACCUGUUGUUCUGGUAUCAGUUCUUCUGCGGGUUCACUGGCACUACGAUGAUCGACUACUGGCUGAUGAUCUUCUUCAACCUCUUCUUCACCUCUGCACCGCCCAUCAUGUUUGGCAUCAUGGACAAAGACGUGUCUGCAGAGAUGUUGCUCGGGGUCCCUGAACUGUACAGGACUGGUCAAGGCAAAGGGGAAUACAAUUUUCUAACUUUUUGGAUCUCCAUACUGGAUGCCUUCUAUCAGAGUCUGGUCUGCUUCUUCAUUCCAUAUUUGGCAUAUCAGGAUUCAGACAUUGACAUUUUCACCUUCGGAACUCCACUGAACACUAUUUCCUUAUUUACCAUCCUCUUGCAUCUGUCAAUAGAAAUCAAAUCCUGGACGAUUGUCCAUUGGAUCAUCAUGCUGGGCAGUGUGGCCUUGUAUUUCAUUGUGACACUUGCCUACAGCGCCAUCUGCGUUACCUGUAAUCCUCCAUCCAACCCGUACUGGAUUUUCCAGAGCCAGAUGGCCGACCCCAUGUUCUACCUUAUCUGCAUCAUCUCCACUGUGGUGGCUCUGCUGCCCAGGUACACAUUUCACGUGCUGAGGAACUCUGUCGCCCCCUCUCCGCUCAUACAAGCCAAGCAUCUGGACAGGAUGGACCCCACGACUAGAGACCAGUGGAUUCAGGAAUGGAGGAGCUUCCGCGGUGGAAGACCAGUCAGACGCUCCAAGUUGGAUACCCCAUCCUCUUCCACCCUGGAGGCCCCGGACUAUUAUCCUGAGCCAUUAUCUGUUUCUGAUGCAAUGGGGGACGAUCUCACAUUGAACGCUGUCACUGUGAACUUUCAGAGGCCUGUGCAGACAUAAGAAACAGGAACAGCUUGAUAAGAAAAGAAGAGCACUAUGAUGAUUAUUUAUUCAGGAAACUGUAAAUAUAUGAUCUGCUUCAUGAGUGGAAAUGUAGAAAUGUUUAAUUUUUAAAAAUGUCAUAAGGGAGAAAUACUCAGCUCCUCCUGACGGGAGCUAUUUUAGCAAUAAACUGCUUUGAUAAAAGCACGUAGGCCCUCUUAUGCCCUCCUCAUGACAAACUAACACAUAAGCUUGUUACAUUCCUGAUGGGUUUUCUGCACACAGUGGUAACCCAAUUAGUCAUGCAUCACACCCUACCAGAAAACAACACAUUUGAGAGCAACAAAUGCCAAGCUGAUUUGAUAUGUUCAUGUCACCCUUAUACCCCAAACAGUCAUAAAGACUAAUCCUGUGUGACCUGGAAACGGACACACUUUUAAAUGUAAUUAAUACAUACAAAUCAUAUCAAUUUCUUUUGCACAAGCUUGUACGUGUUUGUAUGUUGAGGGAACGUCUACAUCAAAAGGAUAGCAUUUUUAAAGCAUCUGAAGGAAAGCCUUGCAAGCUGCAUAGACUGAUACAUUUUUUUAUGGAAAUGGGGGUGCGCAAGUGAAUCCACAUGUAAAAAUGGCUGAUUUAUCAUAGGCAUACUUCAUUAUACAGUAGCAGCUGCUCUUAUAUAAGGACUUCAUGCCUACAGUUGAUCAAUUGCUGCCCUCUAGUGCUUAAAGAAACAAGCUGCAAAAAUAUUACACAAAGAAAGUCGAAACAUACCUAAAAGACAGACACCUGUUU